AACUUUCCUAGUUCCUGCCACCCUAGUACCCAUACCCGGGUCCGAGUCCGCCCAAUCGCGGCCCUGAAGCGCCGCCGUGACGACGAGUUUGCUGCGGUGUUCGUUUCCUUCUCAAGGUCACAAGGUUUUCUAUUCCAUCUAUUUUCCUAAUUACUGUUUCUUGAAUUCCUGAUUCAUUUGGCAAUUCAUUGAAAAAUCAAACAGACCAUCAAACCUCUGAAACUCUGCAAUGCUUACACAUCUUAAAUUUCGCCACAUUCUCUGUACAGUUCAAUCCAGCAGGCCAGAAACCCUAAUCCCUUUUACCCAGUUCAAUAGAUAUUGUCAUUUUCAAUCUACAACGGGUUUCUAUUCUUCGAAUCCUUCCUCGUGUUUGGCACCAAAGAAAAUUUCUGAAAACAGUGUUGCGAUUUUCUGGGAUUUGGAUACCAGACCACCCAAAUCAGUCUCACCGUACAAAGCCGCCGUCAAGCUCAAGACUGCGGCUUCAUCUUUCGGGAUUGUCCGGCAUAUGAUAGCGUAUGCGAAUCGAAAUGCGUUGAACUAUGUUCCACAAGUUAUUUGGGAAAGGAAAGAGAGGAAUAGGGUUGUGAUUAGGGAUGGUGAGUCGAAUAUAUGUCCGGUUUGUGGGAGAAGAUUUUAUACCAAUGAGAAGCUUAUGAAUCAUUUUAAGCAGAUUCAUGAGACGGAACAUGUGAAGAGGUUGAAUCAGAUUGAGUCUGCUAGAGGGAGUAGGAGAGUGAAGUUGGUGGGUAAGUAUUCCAUGAAGAUGGAGAAGUAUAAGAAAGCUGCAAGGGAUGUUUUGACAACCAAGGUGGGGCGUGGUUUAGCGGAUGAGGUGGAGCAGGCAGGGUUUUGGAUUCGGAGUGUGUUGGAUAAGCCACAGGGGGUGAAAGUCGCAUUGAGAAAUCACAUUGUGGACAUGAUGGAUCACAGGAGAGUUGACUGUUUGAUGCUUGUGUCGGAUGAUUCGCAUUUUGUGGAUGUUGUGAUGGAGGCAAAGUUGAGAUGUCUGAAGACGGUUGUUGUGGGGGAUUUUGGCGAUGGGGCUCUGAAGAGGGCUGCGGAUUCUGGUUUUUCUUGGAAUGAAAUUUUGAUUGGGAAGGCUGAAAAGGAGGCAGUGUCAGUUGUGGGGAAAUGGAAAGACCGUGAUGUGUUGAAGAGAUUGGAGUGGACGUACAAGCCAGAUGGGGAUCAAAGUUUGCAUAAAUGGAAUGAUGAGGUUUAUGGUGAAAGCGAGAGAUUGGAGUGGACAGACAAGUCAGAUGGGGAUCAAAGUUUGCAUAAAUGGAAUGAUGAGGUUUAUGGUGAAAGCGAGGAUGACGAUAUCGAAGGUUUUGUUGGUGAGGCGAAUCACAAUUUGGGGAAGGACGAUGCUUGCAACUGGUGGGAGCUUGACUCUGAUUCCGAGGCCAUUUCAUUACAAUCAUCCCGAUGACACACGACUCUUUGUGAAACCUGGUCGACUAUCAUGUAUUCUACCGAGUUUGUGAUUUUGGUCAGGUUUAUGGUGGGAAAGGUGAGCGAAAAGCAUACACAAAUUCCGUUUUGUGGUAGCACUGGCAGUGCAGAGGGUUGAUGAGCAUAUAUUCUCAGCUGGUACAACAGCCUGGUGCUCAACAGCCAUCGUGGGUUUCCUGCUUUAAAAUGAUAGGCAAAAACGUGUGCGAACCCAUGCUAUACAGAAAUACGCAACUGAAGUGAUCAAUCCAACAGUUAUAGCUGUUAAUCAUACAAUUGAACAACACCACUCUCACGUAAAUGUAAUCUUCUGUUUCUGUCAUAGAUCGAGUGCCUUUUAUUUACAGUUAUUGAUAUGCCUGUAUUAUGUUGACCUUCGUAAGUUAAGUUUUAUUUUCGGCUUCCUAUUUGUGUAUGCUUGUACUUGUUAUUCCCCCCUACUGCUAGAAAGAUGAAUCAGUUUGGUUAA